CGCUGCGUCAUCAAAGUUUUGAAACCCGUCAAGAAAAAGAAAAUCCGAAGAGAAAUUAAAAUCCUCCAAAACCUUUUUGGAGGCCCCAACAUCAUUAAACUCCUCGACGUUGUCAAAGACCCUCUCAGCCGCACUCCCGCACUCAUCUUCGAGUAUGUAAACAACGUCGACUUCAAGACUCUCUACCCGACUCUUCAAGACUACGAAAUCCGCUACUAUAUUUACCAAAUCCUGAGGGCUCUGGAUUACUGCCACAGCCAGGGUAUAAUGCACCGCGACGUGAAGCCGCACAACGUCAUGAUAGAUCAUGAGAAGAGGGAAUUGCGUCUGAUCGACUGGGGCUUGGCGGAGUUUUAUCACCCAGGCCACGAAUACAACGUUCGC